CCACGUUCGGUGACAGUCGUGAAUCUUCUUUUGCAUCGAACGGACGUCUCACGUCCUAAACAAAAAAUCUCGAUCGAACCGUUGCGGGCUAUAUAUAUUGAUUGAAAAAGUCAUACAUAUACGACUCGGACGGAUAACAAUUUUUUCGGUUUUCAUUUACGAGUUUUAUCCUUAUCCAAAACCCGCAAGAGGCCGUACGAAAACGAUCCGAAAUGGGAGAAACGGAGAACGGAGAUAUCGAGCCACGGGCCUCUGCCGAACCGGAGGCGGCAUCUGGCCAGGAUACCCUACAGGUGCCGACGCAAAAGAAGCGCAAGCUUAAGUCCCCAACUCCUGGAAGCCUCCGUGGACGCAGUGCCACGCCCAUUCAUGGAAGGAGUCAGACUCCGUUUACCCUCUACAUGACGCGACGCAGUGCCACGCCCUCGACAUGGCGCAGCAUUACUCCCUUCCUGAAACGCGAGGAAAAGGAGAAGACGCCCUUCGAACUGGGCAGGGACAUUAAGAGCCAGACCACCUGCAAUAUCGCCGUCUUCGAUCGCGCCCUCGUAAUGGAUAUUUCCGAGCCGUUGGACGUGCAAAAGCCCGUGCGUUACAUAACGUCCGAUUUGUCGGUGAUCGAUCGCGCUGCCGUAAUGGAUGUGUCCAACGUUGAGGUUAUCUACGUUGUGGAGGAGUAUGAGGAGGUCGAGGAAGACGAGAUUAUUGAGGAGGUUAAGCCGAAAAAGAAGGAGAAAAAGGCCAGAAAGCCGCGCGUUCAGCGCAAGUCCAUCGACAAGGACAUGAGUCCUUCAGGCGGCGAUGAUGACGACUUGGGUGACUUCGGCGGCGAAGAUAGGGAGGACAGCGUUGACCUCGACGAGGGCGAUGAGCCCACCAAGAAGGGCAAGAAGAAGGCUCCGGCCAAGAAGAAGGAGAAGAAGGAGAAGUCGCCCAGUCCGAAAUUGACCUUGAAACUGGAGAUCGGCGGUGGCCAGAAGGCCAGCAAGAAGAUGUUCGAGCAGCAGCAGCAGCAGGCCAAGCCGCCGCCGAAGAAGAGCAAGAUGGUGCUCCAGAUGGAGGAGCAGGCGAAGGCAGCGGCCAAGGCCGCCGAGGAGGCGGCUGCGAGGGCCAAGCCGAAGGGCGAGACCUUUGAGGAGCGCCAGAAGCGCCUGCAAGCCGAAAAGGAGGAGCAGGAACGCCUAGAGGCUGAGCAGCGCGCUCAGGAAGAGGCUGAGGCGGAGGAGGAGGAGGAGGAACCAUCCGCGGUGGGCGAGGAGGGCGAAGAGGGCACUGAGGCUGGAUACGGAGACGAGGACCAGGAUCAGGAGUAUCCCGAGGAGGAAAUUGAGCCCGAGCCCGAGGAGAUAGAGGAGGUGGUGGACCCGAAGAAGAAGAAAGACAAGCGUCGCGGCAGCGACUCCUCCGACGAGUUCGUGCGUCCCGAUCCCCAAGAGGAGGAGCGCUGGCAGCGCAUUGCCGCUGUCGAGGGCGAGGAGUUCAUGCAGCAGAUGCGCAAAUACAGCCAGGCCAAGCGGGUCAGCGAGAAGGAGCGCGACGCCGACUGGCAGCGCCGCCGGGAGCAGGCACGCAAUCCCAAGUUCAUCAACUUCCUUUCCGAUCGAGCCGUCGAAGCAGGUCAAAGUGUGCGCCUGGCCUGCGCCGUCGAUGGCCCGGAGCUAUCGGCCAAGUGGUUCCACAACCGCAGGCAGCUGGAGCGUGACGGAUGCCACCGCAUAAUCAAUAACAACAAUAUCCUGGUGCUGGAAGUGCUAAACACCACCAUCUUGGACUCUGGAGAGUACUCGUGCGUGAUCUCGAACCAGAACGACGAGACGUCUUCGUCUUGCAUUGUGACCGUCUAUGAAAUUUUCAAGGACGAACCCAAACCCCCUUCCAUUCAGUAUAUCAAAGAGUACUAUCAUCUGCGCGACGAUGAGCUGACCAUCGAGUGCCACGUCCACGGUUAUCCUCGGCCGGUGAUCACCUGGUGGCGCGGCGCCUUCCAGGUCAAGCCCAGCUACAAGUUCACCAUGCUGGAGGAGGCUCACGGUGUGUGCAAGCUGCUCAUCUACAAGCCGGGCAACAAGGAUGGGGGCAUCUACACCAUGAAGGCCUUCAACUCCAGCGGAGAGGUGCAGAUCAACCACACGGUCGAGGUAGCCCGCAACCUGCACUACCACGUGCCCGGCAUCUUCCAUGCCCGCGACAAGAUCCAGCUAGACAGCUUGAAGCAGGCCAAGAAGGCCAUGGAGGAGGCCCUCAAGUCGAAGGCCGACUCCGACCAAAGGCGGGCGGAGGCGGAGGAGGAGUACCAGCGUUUGCAUCCGGCGCGGGCCACGCCGGAGAAGUUGGUGCCCGCCAAGCAGAAGUUGUCGUUUGCCACUCAGCUGCGCGAUCGCAUGGCGCUUGAGGGUUCGACCGUUAAGUUUGCGGCCACUGUGAUUGGCCCCGAUCCCAAUACCCGCUGGAUGAAGGACGACAAGUGGGUGGUAAUGAGCGACAACAUCAAGAACCUCUCCGAGGAGGGCAAGGCCAUCAUCCAGAUCAGCAACGUCACCAGUGCCGAUUCCGGUGUCUACAAGUGUGUGGCCAAAAACGAUCUCAGCGAGAUCGAGACCUCCUGCUACUUCAAGGUGUAUGCGGCACAGGCGGAUGGUGACGAGUCGGAACCCAUUUUCGCCCUUCCCCUGCGAGAUGUGUAUCAUGCCUCGCAGAACGAUCUGAUUCUCGAUACGAAGGUGCGAGGCAACCCCCGACCAGAGAUCUCGUGGACCAAGGACCAGAUACCCGUGGUGCUCGACGAUCGGGUGGUGCAGAUCGAGCACUUGGACGGCAUUUGCGAGCUGAUUAUCAACAAGCCGACGAUCAAUGACAACGGAAUCUAUGUCUGCACCGCCAAGAGCAAAUUGGGCAGUCAGUCGACCACCCACACGGUUGUCGUCGACACCACCCACACCUCGCGUCGUUCUAGCGUCCUGUCCGCCAUCGCCAUGCAGGAAGGAGGAGGAGACCCCGCCGAGGCCCCCAAGGCCAAGGGCAAGAAGAAGAAGAAGGACGACGAGGAGGCCGAGGCCGGCGGCGAUGGUGGCUACGAGCGACGCAGCCGGAUGCCGGAUCCUUCGCCCAAGCAGAUGUUGUACUUCACGGUCAACCCAACCAAUCGGUACGUUGCCGAGGGCUCCAAGGUCAAAUUGCAGGCCGUCAUCGGUGGACCCCAGCCGAUGAUCAAGUGGCAGAAGGAUGACCAGAAUGUCACCUAUGGCCCGAACAUUCGCAACAUGAACCGUGACAGCUUGGCGGUGUUGGAAUUCGUCAAUGCCCAGGUGGAGGAUUCGGGCACCUACUCCAUUAUUGCCCAAAAUGAUUCGUGCAAGAUCACCACCUCUGCCAUGCUGCAUGUCUACCAGACGAAGGUCAACACGGAUGUCCAACCCGUCUUUAUUCGCUCUCUGAAAGAGACCUAUCACCUGAACACCAAUGAGCUGAUCCUGGAGACAGCUGUGAGGGGUCAGCCCACACCGGAGGUCCAGUGGUUCAAGGACAGCAUCGAAAUCCAGAGCGGCGGUCGCUACCAGCUGAUUGAGCACCAGGACGGCACCCGGGAGCUGAUCAUCGAUCGGCCGGACAACAAGGACUCCGGCAAGUAUGUGCUCAAGGCAGAGAGUCGCGCCGGCAAGAUGGAGAUCUCGCACUACGUGCUGUUCGAGGGUCAAGCCCAUCACAUCUCGGACAACAUCCAUGGUGUGUUCCAUGCGGACAAGAGCCUGCUGCGUCCCAAGGAGGUGGAGAAGCCGGUGGAAAAGAAGCCCGCUCCUGCUGCCGCUGCGGCUGGCGAGCCGGAAUCCGAGGCUGAGGACGGCAAGGCAAAGAAGCGUGGCCGCAAGGAGGAGGAUGAUUCCUCGGCCUACGCCACCGACUAUGCUUCCGAUACGGCCAGCUUGUCGAGCAAGCGUCGCGAAAAGAACAUCGCUAUCCACUUCAGCACUUCGAUGAGGGAUCGCGUGGUGGCCGAGGGAUCCAAGGUUAAGAUUUCAUGCUUCCUGGAGGCCAAGGAGCCUCAGGUCAAGUGGUUCAAGGACGGCGAGCAGAUCCAGAACUCUCCGAAGAUCAGGGGCAGGUACAGCGAGGGCCUGUGCCUCCUGGAGGUCAUGAGCGCCACGGCCGAGGACAAUGGCGAGUACAAGUGCUGGGGUCGUGACGAGACCGGCGAGGCUUCCACCUCUUGCCGCCUCGAGGUGUACGAGGAUCCGGGCACGGGUGACGUACCACCCACCUUCACCCGCAACAUCAAGGACACGAUGCACGGCAAGAUUAACGAGCUGCAGCUGGACGUUCAUGUGCGCGGUCUGCCCACUCCCUCGGUUACGUGGGUGAAGGAUGGCGUCAAGGUGGAGAAUAGCGACAAGUACCAGCAGGUGGACCACGAUGACGGCACCUGUGAGCUCUUUAUCAGCCACCCGAAGCCUUCGGACAGCGGAAAGUACGUGUGCCAGGCGGAGAAUCGCGAGGGCAAGACGGAGAUUGUCCACAUGAUCACCGUGGAGAAGAGAGUGCGGGCACCACGCAUCUCGCCGCCCAGGGAGGGAAGACCUCCUCGUCCGGCUGGCGAUGAGGAGGCACCCCCAGCUGAAGGAGAAGAAGGCGAGGGGGCAGCCGAAGGCGAGGGUGGCGAGAGGCGACGCAGGAAGCCUAAGCCGGAUGAGGAGGAGCAGACCAGCUCCAGACGCGAAGUUCCACCGCCUCCGGAUCUAAGGAAGCGCCUGUACUUCAGGAACUUCCUCUCCAACCGAACGGUGAAAUCGGGCAGCAAUGUCAAGUGGAUGGUGAACAUCGAUGGACCGGAGCCAACUGCCAAGUGGUUCUUCGGUGACCAGCCGAUCGCCUUCGGACCGAAGAGCAAGAUGUCCAUGCAGGACGGCAUCGCCUGGUUGAACCUCGUGGGAGUCACAGAAGAAGAUGCCGGCGAAUACACUUUGCGGGUCAGGGGAAGUGAAAACGAAAUCGUGAGCACUUGCAAUUUGUUUGUGUACAGCACGGGCAAACCGGAGGUUAUCUCGCCCACCUUUGUAGUGGGCAUCAAAGACACAUAUUCUCUCAACGAGAAUGAGUUGGUUCUGGAUUGCCGCGUACGUGGCCAGCCGCGUCCCGAUGUCACAUGGGUCAAGGGCACCGAGCCCAUCGAAAGCAGCGAGCGGUACAAGCUGAGCGACCAGGCCGAUGGCUACGCCAAGCUGACCAUCGUGAAUCCCACCGAGAAAGAUUCGGGCAUCUAUUGGUGCGUGGCCCGCAACGAGGGAGCCGAGAACAAGAUCUCCCAUCAGGUGGACUUCAAGGGUCGCCAGAACUAUUCGCUGCAGAAGACGCACGGUUUCUUCCACCGCGAUCCCAACAAGCCGCACUUCCUAGGGCCAUUGGGCAACCAGACGGUCUGCAACGGCGGCACCGUCGCCAUCUCGGCCGAGUUCAUGCAGACCAGCACACCCAUCGAGGUCAAGUGGCUCCGCGAUCGCCGGGUGGUGGACGGACCCAAUGUCCUGGCCCUGGCCGACAAGGGUGUCUACACGCUGACCAUCAUGAAUGCCGGUCCCGAGGUCGAGGGCACCUACACCUGCCGCGCCUCCAAUGCCUUCGGACGCAUCGAGUCCAAUGUCAACGUCGACGUGGCCGUGGGAGCUGAGAAGGAUGAGCGUCCACCGCUGUUCCUGUCGCGACCGGACACCGAAAUGAAGAUCGCCGUGGGUGAUCCCUUCUCGCUGUCCUUCCGCAUUGCCGGCGAUCCGAAACCCAAGCUCACCUUCAUGAAGGGCACCAAGGACAUUACCCAGUCCGAUCGGGUCAGCAAAGAAGUGUCCGAUGACUACACAAGAUUCUCAGUGCAGCAAGCCCAGAUCUCCGAUUCUGGCACUUACUUCGUGGUGGCCCGCAACAACUUUGGCACUGACAGGAUAUUCGUCACUGUGACGGUAAACCCGCGCGCUCGCUCCGCCACUCCAACGCAACCACGCUGGGGCCUUCCCCUGGACAGUUACAGCGACACUUCGUACUUCAGAGAUCCACCCGGUUGCAUUUCCACCGAACCACUGGUCGUUGAUUCCGGGCCCACGCACAUCUCGUUGUCAUGGGGCAAGCCGGUUAGUGCCAAUUCGGCUCCGGUGAUGGCCUACAAGGUGGAGGCCUGGGUUGUGGGUCACGAGGGCGGCGCCUACUGGCGGGAAUUGGGCCUGACGCCCAUCAACUCCUUCGACGCCUUCAACCUGAAGCCCAACGUUGAGUACCACUUCCGGGUGACGCCGAAGAACCGAUAUGGCUGGGGACCCACCGUCCAGACCACCAGUCCCCUCCAAGUGGGCGGCGUCGAGUGCCUGCCGGAGUUCGUCAAGAUCCUGCCCGGCCAGGCCAAGGCUCUGUUGGGUUCGUCCUUCACCCUGCAGUGCAACAUGCGUGGAGCUCCCAGGCCGCAGGUCACCUGGUUCAAGGACGGCAUUCAACUGAGCAGCAGCUCGGAACGCGUCAAGGUCCGGCAGAUCGGUUCAACCUGUGCCUUGACCAUCGCCACGGUCAGCGAACUGGACUCCGGGCGAUACACCUGCGAGGCCACCAACUCGAAGGGAAGGGUCUCCACCUUUGCCCGCCUCCAGGUUGUCUCCGAUUCGCGAAUCUACGAGGCGGAUUCGCGUCUCAAGGAGAUUGCCCAUGGUCGCAAUGUGGCCGAUGUCGGUGACUCACUGCCCAUCUUCACCAUGCGCCUGAGGGAUCGCCGUGUUCAGGUCACCUAUCCAGUGCGACUCACCUGCCAGAUUGUGGGCUAUCCCCUGCCGGAGAUCCUGUGGUAUAAGGACGAUCAACUUAUUUAUACCGACAGGAAGCAUCUCAUCAGUGCCGAGGGACAGUUCUUUACGCUGGAAAUUGCUGCCACCACGCUGGACGAUAGCGGCAUCUACACCUGCCUGGCCAAGAACGAACUGGGUUCGGUGUCCUGCCACUGCACCCUGGUCGUGGACAAGGGCAUUCGGGCCUACAUCUCCCCCGACUUCUAUGUGCCCCUGGAUCCGUUCUACAUAUUCCGCGAGGGCUCCGAAAUCCGUCUGUCCACGAAGGUAGAGGCAUAUCCCUCAGUCGGUGUCACCUGGCAUCGCAACGGGAUGCGCCUGCGACCGAGUCGUCGUCUGACCGCCACCUUGGACUCCAAUGGCUAUGUGGAGCUCAUUAUUGCCGAGGCAACGGUCCGGGAUGCCGGCAUUUAUGUGUGCGUCGCUUCCAACGUCGUGGGAAAAGUGGAGACCAUCUGCCGGGUGGCCAUUGAGGAGGAGGAGAACAAGACGAUGGCCCCGCAACGUCCACUGGAAAUUCCCAGCAUCAAGACUGAAGAUUUACCUUAUUCCAAGGAGCCCCUAUUCGUGGUGAAGCCGCGAUCCAGCGAAGCCUACGAGGGCGACAACGUCAUCAUAUUCUGCGAGGUGGUUGGCGAUCCCAAGCCCGAAGUCGUUUGGCUGCGCGAUUUUCUGAAUCCGGAGUACUACAAGGACGCGCCCCACUUCCGGCGCAUCGGAGACGGACCCGAGUACAGACUGGAGAUACCCAGCGCCAAGUUGGACUUCACCGGCACCUAUUCCGUGAUAGCCAGCAAUUGCCAUGGCGAGGCCAAGGCUGUAAUAUCGCUACAAAUAUUCGCCAAAGAUAUACUCAACAAAAGCCGCAUGGAUAAAGUGCAUACCAGGCAUGGCAACAUCGAGACCCUUCCCCGAUUUGUUCGCAACUUGCGAAACCUGCGCUGUUGCGACGGGGAUGCGAUAUCGCUGGAGUGCCAUGUCGAGGCCGAUCCGGAGCCAUUCAUCAUUUGGGAGAAGGACGGGCAUGUUGUGCCCAGCGAUCGGGACUACGUGAUGUCCUUCGACGGCACCAAGGCCACGCUGAGCAUUCCGCGCGUGUAUCCCGAGGACGAGGGCGAGUACACUUGCGUGGCCAAGAAUUCGGUGGGCCGCAGCCUCUCCUCCGCCUGCAUAAUCGUCGAUGUGCCCGAGGAGAAGGAGAAUAUGUUGAGUCGCCAGCUCACGCGUCCCAGCGGCCUCCUCUCCGCCCACUCCACGCCCCGUUCCACGCCGAGAUCGACGCCCGCCCGGAGCUUCUCCCCCCUGCGCUUGUCCUAUCGCACCAGCAGCAUCGAUUUGAGCGGAAUUUCGGAGCGCAGGCGAAGCGACGCCAGGAAUGCCAUCACUGCGCCCAAGUUCCUCGCCAUUCCCUACAAUCGCGUGGUCGAGGAGGGCGACAGCGUGCGCUUCCAGUGCGCCAUCUCCGGACAUCCCACACCGUGGGCCACCUGGGACAAGGACGGGCUGAUUGUCACGCCCACGCCGCGCAUUGCCGUCAAGGAGAUCGACGACCUGCGCAUCAUCGAGAUCGAUGAGGUGUCCUUCGACGAUGCCGGCCUGUAUCGCGUCACCCUGGAGAACGACUUCGGGCGGAUCGAGGCCACCGCCCGUCUGGAUGUCAUCCGCAGCUCCCGCUACUCCAAGUCGCCCUCCGUGCGCAGUGUGCGCGCCUCCUCCUCCCGCCGAAAUGCCCAUUUGUACAGACGCAUCAUGGGUCCAUCCACAGCAAUUGGCGGACGCAUGGCUCUGGCAAGCGGCUAUCGGGGCUCCUCGGUGCCCUCGGUGAGAUUCUACCACAACAAUGUGGAGCUUGAGGCGUCGGAGCGAGUGCACAUCCUGCUGCAGGAGGAGGAAUCGAUGGCCCUGCUGAUCGUGGACAAUGUGACGCGUGAGGACGAGGGCCUGUACACCUGCAUCUUUAGCGGCGACCACGAUCCCCUGAUCAGUUCCACCACAGUCACCUUCCACGAACCGAACACGGAGAUUCCAAGACGCCGUGCCGUCAUCGCGGAACCACUGCCUGAGAUUACCAAAUCGCUGGAGGGCGAGGUGAUCGAUCUGUGCUGCGCCAUCGACUGCGAUGUGCCCUACAGCUACGUUUGGCUGCGAAAUGGCGAAAUUCUACCGGACAGCGAUGAGUUCAAUUACAUUGAUCACGGCAAUGGACGACUGUGCCUGCGAAUCAACGACGCCUUCGACAUUGACUCGGGCAUCUACAGCUGUCAGGUGUUUACCAGUGACUCCACCUCCUCUUGGAACUCUAUAAACUCCACCAACUUCAGCGAAUGCGAUUGCAGCAGCAGCGGGGAGCUGUGCGUUCGGGAGCGGGAUCUUCGUAGGGAGGAUGAGGAGUGUGUCCAGCUUCUGAAAUCCCCACUUCCGGUGGUCUGUGGCUCCGGCGAGGAAGCCCUGUUCUAUGCCCGUGUUUUCCCCUGCCAAGCGGAAGCCGAAUGGUACCUCAACGGCCAGCUUUUGGCCCAUUCGGAUGACUCACUUAACAUGACGUUGGAGUCAUAUCCAGAGAACGGCAUUCGGCUGCUGCGCAUGCGUGACGUCACUGCCGCAAGGAGCGGAGAGAUCUGUCUGCAGGUGAAGCAUCCCCAGGCGGAAACGCGGCGCAUUCCCGCCACCCGCAGCUACACCAGCCUCCUGGUUCUGCCCGCCAUCAGGGGCAACAGCUCCGGUUCCUCGCUGGCGGCCAGAAGCUGCAUUUUGACACGCCCCGAGGACUGCACCGCCCUAAUCGGUGGCCAUGUUCGGCUGAGCGUCCGCUACGAGCCAUUCCCGGGCACCCAAGUCAUCUGGUACAAAGCGUGUCAUCCCAUUGUUGAGAGCUCCAAUGUGACGAUCCGGACGACGGGCCAACAGUCGACGCUCUACAUCACGGACAUCUCGGCGGAUGACAGUGGCAAGUACACGGUGGAGGUGAUGAGCGACUACGGCGUGGAGGCCUCGGCUGCCUCGGUGGCAGUGGAAGGACCUCCGGAGCCACCGAGCGGACAACCCAGCGUCUCCCUGGGACCAGAUCGCGUGGCGGUGGCCUGGUGUGGUCCACCCUACGACGGGGGCUGUAUGAUCACGGGCUUUAUCAUUGAGAAGCAGACCAUUGGUGAGGAUUGUGAUACGGACAGCUGGCAGCUGGUGACCCGCGUGGUGGACACUUUGGCCUACACUGUGAAAAACCUGCAGCCACAGAUGCAGUACCGCUUCCGGGUUCGUGCCGAGAACAUCCAUGGACGCAGUGAACCCGGCCAGGCCAGCGAACUGGUGCAGAUCACUAGCAAACCUCAGAGAGGUACCACAUCCGAUGUCACCGAUCAUUUCGGUCAGUCGGUGAGCGUCCAGUCCGGCGGAGACUUCAAGUCACGAUUCGAGAUCAUCGAGGAGCUGGGCAAGGGACGCUUUGGCAUCGUCUACAAGGUGCAGGAGCGCGGUCAGCCGGAGCAGCUGCUGGCCGCCAAGGUGAUCAAGUGCAUCAAGUCGCAGGAUCGGCAGAAGGUGCUCGAGGAAAUCUCCAUCAUGCGUUCGCUGCAGCAUCCGAAGCUGCUUCAGCUGGCCGCCUCCUUCGAGAGUCCCAGGGAGAUUGUCAUGGUGAUGGAAUACAUCACUGGCGGUGAACUAUUUGAACGGGUAGUCGCUGACGACUUCACCUUGACCGAAAUGGACUGCAUUCUGUUCCUGCGACAGGUGUGCGAUGGAGUGGCCUACAUGCACGGCCAGAGUGUGGUGCACUUGGACCUGAAGCCCGAGAACAUUAUGUGUCAUACCCGCACCAGCCACCAGAUCAAGAUCAUUGACUUUGGCCUGGCCCAACGGCUGGAUACAAAAGCCCCAGUCCGAGUUCUCUUCGGAACCCCCGAGUUUAUACCACCGGAGAUCAUCAGUUACGAGCCCAUAGGCUUCAAGUCGGACAUGUGGAGUGUGGGCGUCAUUUGCUAUGUGCUACUCUCGGGUCUCUCACCUUUUAUGGGCGACACCGAUGUGGAAACCUUUUCGAAUAUUACAAGAGCGGAUUACGACUACGAUGACGAGGCCUUUGACUGCGUUUCCCAGGAGGCCAAGGACUUUAUCUCACAGUUACUGGUUCACCGGAAGGAGGAGCGCCUGACCGCCCAGCAGUGCCUGGAGUCCAAGUGGUUGUGCCAGCGCCACGACGACAAUCUCAGCAAUAACAAGAUCUGCACGGACAAGCUGAAGAAGUUCAUCAUUCGGCGCAAGUGGCAGAAAACGGGUAAUGCCAUCCGUGCUCUGGGUCGCAUGGCCAAUUUGUCGGUGUCGCGCAGGAACUCUGCCAUUGCCAUGGGAGCACUGAGUAGUCCAAGGCCCUCGAUUUCGGGACUGGGCAUGCUGACCCCCAUUGGCAGUGGGAUGAGCUCCCAGAUGACCUCCCUCCACGAGGAGGAGGACGACUUCAGCGUGGAGAUGCCGCCAGUGGAGAAGCGUACCGUUCUCAAGCUGCGCGAUAAGUCACAGUGCAGUGAACGAAGUGACUCCGGUUACAGCGAGUGCUCCAAUUGCAGUGGCGCCCAGGAGACACUCCUGCUCUCGUUGGCCAAGUCAAAGCUGGAGGCGAUAGCCAAGGCGAGCACCUCCUCACCAGCAGUGGUUCCGGACACGGAGCUCCAUCCCGUCACCCUGGAACUGCCCACCAAGGGCAGUGAGGCCAUCAUGCGCUCCGACUUUACCAACACCAUCAAGAUGCGCAAAAAGUCACUGGAGGACAGCGCCGCCCGGGAGAAACCAAAGUCCAAGGCCCAAGUCAAGCCUCUGUGUGAGUCCAAGCUGAAGGUGUCCCAGCUGAAGGACAGGUUCCAGGUUGCCCCUGCUCCUGCUUCUGCAUCCGCAUCCGCUGCUAACAAACCUCCGCUUGCCUUUGAGCCCUUCAAAAUAGCCAAGGUGGCGAGUGUGGGACGCAUCAGUAGAAGUAACUUUUGUUCAUGGCCCGAAACGGAUCUUUAAAGUAUUGCCUAGGGU